UUGUGUUGUUUCGGUCGGCAGGGGCGCUCACCGUGCUGCUCCAGGUGCUGGCUGGGGGCGCGUCUGCGAAGAGGAAAGCGGGUUUCAAUUUCAAACCCAAAUAGUCGGAGGGACGAGCCAGUGGAUUGUGGGACAGCCUUGAUACCAAACAGUCUAUCUGCCGCGUUUAGCCGCAGAAACUACACCGCUAAGCAGAGCCGCAUAUUUAUACCCUGUCGUGGUUGAAGCGCGCUGCCACUGAAUCCAAAAAAAAAGAAAAGUCGCCUCUGCCGCGUCUUUCUGCUCCAGUUUUUUUCCGCGCCUGGCUUGAUUUGGAUGACAAACGGACACUUGGCUCGUUCGCUCGCAGGAGGUGACGGAUUUUAAAUAAAACCACCGUGUUUUAAUUAACGCACGCAAGGAGCCGUUUCUACCGGGAGACAUGCCGAGGUCCAACAGGCAAAAGGAAUACAAACCCGGGGAUCUGGUGUUCGCUAAGAUGAAGGGGUAUCCGCACUGGCCUGCCAGGAUUGACGAGUUGCCUGAAGGAGCCGUGAAGUCGCCCUCUAACAAGUAUCAAGUGUUCUUUUUUGGGACACAUGAGACGGCAUUCUUGGGGCCCAAGGAUUUGUUCCCGUACGAUGAAUGCAAGGAGAAGUUUGGAAAAGCAAACAAGAGGAAAGGCUUUGCUGAGGGACUCUGGGAGAUCGAGAACAACCCCACUGUUACGCAUGAAGCCUACGAGUCAUCAAAGAAGGACAACGCAUCAGAAGGAGCAGGGGAUACAGGCAGUUCAGAGAAAGCAGACGCUGAGGGCAGCAGCGACGAGGAUGAAGGGGCUCUGGUCAUCGAUGAGAAGAAUGAGAGGGGAGGAACUAAACGAAAAGCAGAGGAGUCCACGGAGGAAUCUCCCAAGCGGCCAAAGGAUGCAGAGGCGGAAGGCGACUCUAAAGUAGAAAGCAACAAGUCCAAUGCAGAGGCCAAGCUCAACGAUGUGGCUGGACCCAAGGCGACUGCUCCCUCUUCACUGAGCGAGUCCAAACCAGAGGCCCAGGAAAAGGCUCCAGAAGGCAGCCAGCUAACAGCAGACAAGCCUGCAACAGACAGCGCUUAACAUCAACUCACAGAAGAAAACCAAGAACCUUUGACGCUUCUCUCUGGAAUUCAAGCAUUGACAUGAUUACCUGCUGGAUGCCAGAUUUCAGCUGUUUAAUUAAUAGGAGAAUUUUAAAAGAAACCUAAGUGUUUGUAUCGAGAGACAAACAAAUCCUCAUUUGCCAUUUCUGGAAUAUCAUAUAUCCCAGAGACAAAAAAGUUUGCUAAUCUGAUUUCAAACAAUUGAACUGAGCACUUUAAGGCUCAUUUAUAAAUGGGAUUUUGGUGUGUAUAUAUUUUUUAUUUCUAAGUGCAAUUACAUAAUUACAAAGACUGAAUGCUCGGUGUCAAAACAUUUUUCAGUUCAGAGGGAAUAAACACUGAAUAUAUCAUAAAUACGAAAGAAGAAGAUUUAAAUCACGAUAAAAGAUAAAUUUAUUAGACAAAUACUCCCAUUGGAUGAUUUUAAGACGUAGAUAUUGUACAGGAAAAAGAACCGAUUUUCACCCACGCGCUCAGCUUUAGUUCAUAAAAUAACUGUUUCACUUCCAUUUGUAUCACCUAGCUUCUCAGCCUCAUUUAAAUCAUUUAUUCAGCUGUUGGAUACAUGAUGAGUUGCACUUUCAGAGUUCUCUUUUUCUGCCCCAUUAAUCAUCGUCUAGUUCACUCUGACAGUUUUAUGCAACGCAGGUUUAGGUGUGUAUAAGCUUCAUUGCAGGUGACCAAAUCAUGUGAUUCAUUUCACACGAUCCCAUACGUGGACGACUUAGCUUUUGAACGUACCGAAUAUGUAAACCCCAUCUGAGAAGAACUAUUGUAGGAUUUAAGCUGUUACUUCCUCUUAAAGUAAACCCCUCUGUAGCUUGUUUAUCUCAUGAUGUGCAUUGUUGAAAGACAUUCCUGAAUGUUGCUGUGUCUGAGCUCGAUCUUGAAACGUUAAAAGUCGAAGUGGAGCAGUGGUGAUCGCUGCAGGGGAAAAGUUAUUUGUGGCCACCUUUUUCUGAGGAAAUUAUUUGGAAGACUUUUGAAACCAUUAAUUCUCAGUUACGUCAUAUUUAGCUCCUAUUGCUUGAUGCUGGAGAUGUAACGGCCAAGUGCAUUUGAUUGCACUCAGUAAAUUGUUCAUGCCAACGUGAUCGACUCAAAGAACAGACAGAUGUGUUUAACUCUUGUUUCUGACUUUAUGGUUUCCCACCCUCUUAACUGGAAUAUGAGUCUGUUUUUACUUCAGUGGUCUUAUUAUUUUGAAUGUGAAACAAAUUUGUGAUGUUUUAAAGACGUGUUUUAUUCAACCAUCUGUUCGGACAUAUUCAAAAAAAAAUUAUGAUGUUGUCAUUUUCCACUAUGGAUAAUUUUGGUGCGAAACUCGAUCCAAGUGUUCAAGCCUUUUCACCAUGUUACUUGAAUGUCAUUGUCAUCGCUUUGGUGUUCUUUCAGGUAUUUUUGCGACGUUUAGCCUGCAGUUCAUCACGUUAUGUACAAAAAAAUAAUUCUGAAUGUUGUGUCUGAGACGGCCACCUUCCCUUCACCGCGCCGCCGAUUUCAAAGUAUAAAAUGGUCAAAGCUCCCAACGCCACUUCAGAUCUGCAGUUAGUUCCAAGGGUUUAAUUUGGCAUUAGUGUAAUUUUUGGUUUAGCUUUCUCUGUUAUUUUCAGAAGCUGUCAUUCAUCUUAAUCUGCUGCUUAGUUUACUAUUGUAGUUGCCAGUCCAUUUAAUAAACAUGUUGAUUACAAAAAAAUGUGUGUGUCCUGUUUACAUCCAAUAAUUCCUGCUUAUUUUCUUUAAACCAGCGAUGUCAAACUCAUCUUAGUUCAGGGGACACAUUCAGCCGAAUUUGAUCUCCAGUGGGCCAGACCAGCAAAAUCAGAGCAUGAUACCCUAUAAUAUAUAAUAACUCAAAAUUUUCCCUUUUAUUUUAGUGCAGAAAAGUACUUUCUGAAAAUGUUCAGAUUUAAUGAACUGUCUUUUUACAAAACAUUAUGAGCAAACUUAAAUUUGUUCAAAAAAUAAGUCAUUUCAACAAUAUUAUGCUUCAGUUUGUCAUUUACACAUUACAACUUACAGAUCACAGACUACCUACAAAGGCACUAAACAUUUAGUCACUUUUUUGAAACGGGUAUCUGGAGAUGAAAGAUACAGUAUUUUACUUUCUGAUCAAAAUGAUAAAAGUCACCAAAAACAGGAAAAAGUUGCAAACAGCGUUGAAUGCGUCCGUUAUGGUCAGCAAAUCGAAGCAUGUCCACCAGGUGGCGCUGCAACAGAGUGUAUUUCGACCAAUGGAUGUGUUGAGGGCCAGACUCACAUUUGUAAAGUUUCACGCAAAUGGGAGCCUUUACAGGCCAUUUAUGCAGCACGUCCUGUCCAUCCACCAGGUGGCGCUAUCAUUAUGACUGUAUAUUGGUCUGUGGAAGUCAUCAGGGCCAGAGUCUGAUCACACAUGUAAAGUUUGAAGCAGAUUGGAGUAUGUACAGACUAGUCAUAUGUCACUUCCUGUCCAUCCACCAGGUGCCGCUAUCAUUACGACUGUAUUUACUAAUUAAAAAUACAUCAAUACUUGUGUAA